AUGGCAACGGUGGACGUAAAUAAGAGCAUCACUUCGCACAAGACAGCGACGAUCCGAAACUACAAUACUCAGCCACGACUCAUUGUUUAUAAGACCGUGACGGGUGUGAAUGGACCUCUGGUCAUCCUCAACGAUGUCAAGUUCCCGCAAUUCAACGAAAUUGUGCACAUAACACUGCCCGAUGGAUCUAAGCGGUCUGGACAAGUUCUCGAAAUAACACGAAACAAAGCUGUUGUG